AUGGUUGGGGCUGUGUCUGUAGUGGGUUCGUCUUUGGUUGAAUCGAAGCCAUGUCCGUGCCUCUGUUUCGAUGCUCUGCCGUCUUGCAAUUUGAACGGUGGAGAUUUACUGAUCUCGCAGAGGCAUACAGUUGGUAGAAAGCAUGUGCCUCGUUUGGGUUCGUUGGAUCUGAGCAGUUCGUUUCUUGAUUAUUCGUCGGUUAGAACUCUUUCGAGUGCGAAGAUUCCGAGGAAGCAGAGGAAAAAUAAGAGUCUUGUGGUGGUAGAUGAACUUGCUGGGCAGUAUGAAGACAAUUUUGAAGAUGUGAAAAAGCAAAUUCUGGAUUAUUUCACUUACAAAGCUGUGAGGACUGUGUUGUACCAGCUCUAUGAAAUGAACCCUCCUCAGUAUCGCUGGUUCUAUAAUUAUGUUGCAUCGAACGAACAUGGUUAUGGAAAGAGCUUUAUCCGCAACCUUGUAAAGGAGAAGCAAGAACUUGCGGAAAGAGUGAUGGUAACACGGCUUCACCUCUAUGCAAAAUGGAUCAAGAAAUGCAAUCACACGGAAAUGUACGAGCGGAUAUCAGACCAGAAUCUUGAGUUGAUGCGUGAACGGCUCAAAGAGACUGUGAUAUGGCCCACGGACGAUACCAACACCGAAGUGGUUGGUUGA